AAACGAAGGCCGCGAGUAGUCCGUCUGACCAGUACUACUAAACUAAACCCCUGAAUAAUACGGUUCAAGAGAAGAAAUGGCAUCGUCAUCAUCAUCAUGUUACUAUCAGAUAACACUGGGAAGAGCAAUUCUACCAUCUCCUUCAUCCAAAAUACCUCGCCGGCUUAUCACCGCCCACUCUCAUUAUCCGCCGUCUGAUCUCUCCCUUCAACUCUCUACCUCCCACGGUUCCUCCGCUUCACCUCGCGAUCUUGUCUUCAUCGUCAAUCCCAAAGGAGCUAAUGGUAGAACUGGCAAGGAAUGGAAGAAACUGCUUCCUUAUCUCAGGUCUCGCCUCGACAAAAAUUGCAAUAUUAAUGAAUCUUUGACUUCAGGCCCUUAUCAUGCAACUGAUGCAACAAGAGAGGCGAUAAGAAACGGUGCUGAUGCUGUGAUUGCAGUUGGAGGUGAUGGCACUCUUCACGAGGUUGUCAAUGGAUUCUUUUGGGAUGGGAAGCCCGUUAUCAAUCAUGGCAGAGAGGCUGCACAUUCUACUGCUCUAGGUAUCAUCCCUUUAGGAACUGGAUCAGAUUUUUCCAGAACUUGGGGCUGGAAAAACGAUCCUCAUGAAGCUGUUGAUCGCAUUGUGAAAGGGCUGAGAUCACGGAUUGAUGUUGGUCUAAUUACCGGUGAGAGUAAAGAUUCUCAUUACUUCAUAAAUGUUGCUGACAUUCAUUUGAGUGCAAAGGCUGGUUACUAUGCAUCAAGAUACAAGAGAUUUGGAAAACUGUGCUAUGUCAUUGGGUCUUUACAAGCCUUUAUGGGGCACAGUAAUCAUGACCUGAGAAUCAAGGUUGAUGGAGGUGAAUGGGAAACGUGUUCUCAAGUGACAGCUCUUUGCGUUGGAAAUGCAAAAUAUUUUGGUGGAGGCAUGAAAAUCACUCCAAAUGCUGACCCUUGCAGCGGAGACUUUGAGGUUGUAAUUCUUCAGGACUUCAAAUGGUACGACUUUAUUCUUAAUCUUCACCACCUCUACAAAGGGACACAUUUAUCAGUGAAAAAUGUAUCUUCAAGAAGCGUACAUUCUAUCGAAGUGGAGGACAUUUCUGGCAGUGGCAACAUUUUUAUUCAGUCCGAUGGAGAAUAUCUCGGGUUUCUUCCCAGGAAGCUAACUAUCUUACCUUCUGUUAUUGAUAUGAUACGCUGAAGAAAGCUAAGACAACAUCCAUCACAGCAAUUGAGCUUCUGUUGACGCGUCUGCCUAGCCAGUUUUGAACAUCCUCUCUUAGUUGGUGGCAAUUUGCGGGAAAAGUUGCUCUAAGGAGAAACAGCACGAGACAUUUUAAUUUGCUAGUGUUUCUAACAAUGGUGGUUCAGAAAUCUGACAAAUACGACCACUUGUUCGAAGGAAACGUGGCUAUUCGCUUGGAAGUGUUAUUGGCUCGUCUAUUAAUUGGGACAUUCCACUUGAUGCAGUUUUGUUUUUGUAAUAACUAUAGCAUUUGGUGCAGCUCGAGUGCUGACAUUUUGUGCCUCUCUUUAGAUAAGUUGUAAUCUGGUGUAGGUGGGCAAAAUUAAACUUCCUCGGUAAAGUUGUAAUGUUUUCUAACCUGGUCAGCGAUGUCUGUAUUUUGUCCAAAUUAUUCAGACUACACGACACCGUUUAACA